AUGAAGUUCGACAUCAAGGAGCUUCUGCGUCUGGAGGACGAGCUGGGCAGUCAACGCGAAAGUGCGAUAUCUGUUGCUCAAGAAGCCCAGAAGAACAUGAUGAAGUAUCUGCAAGUCGGUUGCCAACUUCAGUUCCAAAAUGCGUUCAACGCCGUGUACUACGAACUCAAGAAGGAAGGAAGCCUUGAAGUCCUUCGCAGCAUCUUCUCGUUUGAGUCAGAGGAUGUCAUCCAGCCCAAGGUCUUUGAUGUGCAGGACUGCGCUGAAGACACUCGCGUUGCGAAACAGGUGAAUUUCUACCUUGAUCAAGCCAAGCAUGCACAGCAGCGGUUGGAAGAGCUCGUUACCAAGAUCGCGGAAGAAUCGGGGGGCUAUAAGGUUAAGACCGCGGAUAUCAAGUCCCAGGAAAGCACGCAACGGAAAGCCAAGACGUCCUACGGGGGGAACGUCCGAAAGGUUGCUGACAUGGCUAGGGUUACUUUGAUCUGUGACUCACCGGAGGCCUUGAGAAACGCGUACUUGGCCAUUAGGGGAUUGUUCGAGCCUCAAGCUGUUCUGCGCGUCAAAAACGGCUUUGACCCCGAUUGGAUGCCUGGCGGUUAUCGGGACGUCAAAGUGAACCCCGUCUUGAACGAUCACCUAUGCGAGAUUCAGCUGCAUCUCAGCAAAUUCGUUGAAGAGACCCACGGCCAACACGACGUGUACGAGUGGUCGCGCAAGCUCAAGGUAACUCAGGAAAUGCUCCCUACACAUUUUUUCAAGAAUCUAUCUCCUGAGGUCACGGAGGAGAUGGUCCUCCUGGCCAGGAGCAACUGGCUUGGAAGUCGACGCUGGCUGUUGGCCUUACAGCUCGAUGCCGGACAAUUCAAUCUGGUCGAGGAGCCCACCAGACAGGCACUAUCCAUGGCCGAGGACUGCGUGAAACGAGGACCCAAGGGCAACCACUGCGAGGAAUUGAGAGUAUCAACGUACGCGGCAGCCCUCGGCAAGGCUUUGCAGAACCAGGGCAAGUAUGAGGAAGUCGGGCACCUGUACAAACGCUCCCUGGUCAUCCGCGAGACAGUUUCAGGCCCAAACCAUGUUCUCGUGGCCAAUGCGCUAGACCUCUUGGCAGAGUGGUUGGUGGUGCAGGGCGAGUAUGACGAAGCCGAUCGCCUGUUUGAGCGGUCAAUCAACAUCACGGUGAAAACGCUGGGUCCGAACCAUCCGUCAAUGGCCUGUUUGCUCCUUAACAGGGCAGAUUUAUGGAAAGACCAGGACAAGUACACCGAAGCUGGGCAACUCCUUAAGCAGGCAAAGGAAGUACUAGAGAACUCGCUGGGCGUGGACCAUCCGCUGAUCGGUGGGGUUCUCAACAGCAUGGCAGCUUUGUCGACCAAGCAGGGCAACUACGAGAACGCCCAAAGUUUGUACGAAAGCUCCCUCGCCAUGGCGGAGAAGUCUCAUCACCGUGACGUGAUGACAUGUCUCAACAACCUAACGGGUUUGUUGAUGAAGCGGGGCAAGCACGUGGAGGCAGAACUGUCAAACAUGAGGCUACAGGAGAUCGCCAAGAAUUACUCUGGAAACGAACUUCUAGAAGCUCAGGUUCUCACCAACCGGGCGCUACUUUUGGCGCUUCAGGGCAAGCAUUCUGAGGCAACGCUACUCCAUAAGCAGUCACUCGCCAUACGAGAAAAGGUACUGGGGUCGGAGCACCUGCUUGUGGCCUUAACGCUCAACCUCCUGGCGUUCUCGUUUGGGAGGCAGGGCAAGUAUGAGGAAGCCUUACCUGUGUUUGAACGCUCCCUGGACAUCCGCGUGAAGACUCUUGGCCGUAAGCAUUCUGCGGUGGCGACAGCUCUCGGCAACCUGGCGUCGUUGUUGCACGAUAAGGGGGACUAUGUUGCGGCGGAGACCACGUUUGAGAAAUGUCAGGAGAUAUCGAAAAAUGCUGUUGGUCCGGAACAUCCACAGUUCGCCAUAGUGCUCAACAACCGGGCAAAGCUCCUAGAGAGUCAGGGCAAACAUCAAGAGGCAGAAUCCCUGUUCAUCGGCGCCCGGGAAAUUCUGGUUGAAACUGUAGGCCAUUGGCACCCCGACUAUGCUUCUACGCUCUGCAACCUGGCUGGUGUGUGGAAAGCGCAGGGCAAGCACUCUGAGGCGGAGACACUAUACAAGCGUUGUGAGGAAAUACAGACGAAGAUUUUAGGCCAUGAGCACCCACAGCUGGCCACGACUCUCAACAACUGGGCGGGGUUAUUGGAGAUUCAGGGAAGGUUCGCCGAGGCGGAAUCAAUGUACGGGCGAUCGCAAGCCAUUCAAGGGAAUGUGCCUGGUCAAGGCCAUGAGAAUGCUGUAUUGCUCAACAACAUGGCGAAGUUGGCGGAAAUGCAGGGCAAGUUCGAAGUGGCCGACCGUCUGUACACUCAAGCUAUUAUGCUUUGGGAGAACGCGCGGGGACCACACGACCAGGGUUUGGUCGCUAUGCUCCACAACCGGGUGAUGUUGCUGGACAAGCAGAAGAGGCACACGGAGGCAGUUCCACUAUGCAAGAGGACAGUCGCAAUCUGCAAGAGGAAUCUCGGGGAAACCGAUCAAGAUACACUUCGUUGUCAGAUUAUCCUGGAUCAUGUGCUGAAACUGGGACAGCAAUCAGUGCAAACGUGAUGAAUGAGACAGGGAAGACCUCUAGUGGGCGGUUUGCGGUGAUUUUAACGAGACGUCGUGUACGUAGCUCACGUCGACGGCAACAGCGUUGUUGGUACUAGCCCAUGGACGAUUUUUUUCGUUUCUCUCUUUUUAUACCCAGCGCGUGUUUUGCACGGUACCCGACCUGCCGCUUCUCUCAGGUUUCGCACAGUAGUGAGCAUCCUUCCAAGGGCAACGUAUCUCGAAGGAAGUAGUUGCUAUCUUGAUUGAGCUCUUGGCUUCCUUCCCUUCUGUUGUAUGGUGGUUUGGCUUUGAUUUCGAUCUGGAUGACAGGUCAUGUGCGAUUGGACGUAUAAUGUGCAAAUUUCCCAACCAAAUCGCUACGGGAAGUCCAAUUGAACCCCACCGUAAUUUCAGUGCAUAGAGGUUGAUCAUUCUUGUGGUGCACAGAUUUCGAUGCUACGUAGCUGCAGGGCAGCUUUUGUGAACGUUUCGGGCCUGCAUGUGCCACAUAUGUUUUGUUCUGUGGGGGCGCUAUCUUCGUUGUUGUAUUUCUAUCAUUUCUGGCGACCGGUUUCUGCGAUUUUUUUUUUCUGCGAAGACAACGACAACUCUCGUACGUGUAGGCCAGCUAUUGUUUUGGUGUCACUGCUGUACGACACUAAACCCCGGGGUACAGGAACCUACAUAUAGUUGCAGAACAGUGGCCGUGCGUUGGGGGAUGUAUGGUUUUCACGGCGCUCAUUUUGCAUGUUUCGGGAUGAAUACGGGUCGAACACUGGCAUCUACAUGCAAUGCGUGUGGGUUGCAAAACACACGUAAUUCCUUCCUAUCCUACCAAACAUUGUGUUCGUAAUAACCGCCUGUUUCAGCUGGGGGGCUGUUACGGUAUGGAUUUUUACAUGAUUGUCUUGCGUCCAACCCAUGAGAUUAGGGAGGCACCGAUCUGUAAGUUUCGGGGAAUAUUGCAGCACGGGGCACAUUCAUGCUUGCUCGGCAUUUCUGGACAUUGCAUUGGAAGAAGGAUGUGGCAUGUUUUCAUGAGUAAUGUUUGGGGCAUUUGUGCUUUCCGAAUGCUCGUUUCUUUUGGCCAAAAAGUUGUUUUUUUGUAUUGUUUGAGGAUUUUAUGCCAACUAUCGAAGCUGUUUUUCCAGAAAUAAAUACCCGCCACCUUUCCGACACUUUUGUGAUGUAGCGCAGAAUGGUGGUUGGGUACUCUUUGUAGGCGCGAAUGCAUCAGGCUCGUAAACAAACUGAUGGAAACGCUUUGUGUUGAAUGCACUGGCCAGUUUUUGUUGAACAUGUUUCUCAAGUGGCUUUUCUUUUUUUUUUUUGCCUGCUUCGUUUUACUCUACUCAUGAACGAUUUCAAGAUUUCAAUUUCGUCUAUCGUACCAUCAAACAGGGGACUGCUUGUGGUGCUUGGGGACGAUAUCCGACCUCGGCAUCAUGUAUGUGAGGGCUAUGCGGUU